CAUGCUUCUUAAUAAAGAUCUGUUUUGCAAUUUGCAAAAUCUAGAGUGUCUUCACUAGAAGUCUUACUAUAAAGGAAACCCCAAGAGAGGAUACUAUUAGAAAAUGUUAGAGGGGGAAUUUGACUACAAAGAAAGAAUGGUUGUAUAUUUCAGUCUGUUUGAACUUCUUUGUACUUCUUGAACUUGAGAGAUACACAGUGUGUUUUUAGGAUCCUGCAUAAAUGUAACAGAAUGUUAUGUUCUUGUUAGAGGUGUUGAGCAUCAGAUGCCAACUUUGUUCAUAGGGGUCAGGAAUGUCACCUUAUGCAUGACCUUGGAAGAAAGCAUGGUUUGUUGAUUAUUAGGUUAUUAGGCAUAAACAGAAAAUUAAUCAAUAUGUGAUAUUACUAUGAUAUUUAAAGUAGUACAUCCUGGCAAAACUCAAGGUGCUACCUGAAAAAUCUGUUAUUUGCAGAAAAAGUUAUUAUCAUAUACUGAAAAUCUAAGGGGUCUUUCUUGGUAUCAGAAUGGAUGAAGACUUUGAGGAUAGCUGUUAUAACCGAGCUGACUGGUCUAAUACAUAGGCAAGAAGGAAUAACAGCUUGGUGAUUUAUGAUUAUUACUGAAUUAAGAUAUUAAUGAUCUUCUGCGGAGAAUACAUUUUGAAGGCUCUUCCCAAGUUGCUCCUUCUGGAACCUGUCAUUUUAGAACCUUGCCAUUUAUCAUCCAGAAAAGUAUAAACGUGCAGACGUACAAAUGUCUACCACAAGACUAAAGUGUGAUGUGUUAUGUUCUUUACCAUAAGCACCCAUAAAAUGAGCUCCAUUGCAGACAGAGAUGAUGGUAGCAUUUUUGAUGGUCUCGUGGAAGAAGAUGACAAGGAUAAAGCGAAGAGGGUGUCAAGAAACAAGUCUGAAAAGAAACGCAGAGAUCAGUUUAAUGUACUCAUCAAAGAACUGGGAUCCAUGCUUCCGGGCAAUGCUCGGAAGAUGGACAAAUCUACUGUACUGCAGAAGAGCAUUGAUUUCUUACAGAAGCACAAAGAGAUCACUGCCCAAUCAGAUGCCAGUGAAAUCCGACAGGACUGGAAACCCACAUUCCUUAGUAAUGAAGAAUUCACUCAGUUAAUGUUAGAGGCUCUUGAUGGUUUUUUCUUAGCAAUCAUGACAGAUGGAAGUAUAAUAUAUGUAUCAGAAAGUGUAACCCCCUUACUUGAACACUUGCCAUCUGACCUUGUGGAUCAGAGUGUAUUUAAUUUUGUCCCGGAGGGGGAGCAUUCAGAGGUUUAUAAAAUACUGUCUACUCAUCUGUUGGAAAGUGAUUCAUUGACCCCAGAAUAUUUAAAAUCAAAAAACCAACUAGAGUUCUGUUGCCAUAUGCUCCGAGGGACAAUAGACCCCAAAGAGCCACCCACAUAUGAAUAUGUAAAAUUUAUAGGAAACUUCAAGUCAUUGAGUAACAUGUCUAACUCUGCACAUAAUGGUUAUGAAGGAACCAUUCAGCGAUCACAUAGGCCUUCCUAUGAAGACAGAGUUUGUUUUGUAGCUACAGUCAGGUUAGCUACACCUCAGUUUAUCAAGGAAAUGAGCACUGUUGAAGAACCCAAUGAAGAGUUCACCUCUAGACAUAGCUUAGAAUGGAAGUUCCUUUUCUUGGAUCACAGGGCACCACCAAUAAUAGGUUAUUUACCAUUUGAAGUGUUGGGGACAUCAGGCUAUGAUUAUUAUCAUGUUGAUGACCUAGAAAACCUAGCAAAAUGUCAUGAACACUUAAUGCAGUAUGGAAAAGGGAAAUCCUGCUAUUACAGAUUCCUCACAAAGGGUCAACAGUGGAUUUGGUUGCAGACUCAUUACUAUAUCACUUACCAUCAGUGGAAUUCUAGACCAGAGUUCAUUGUAUGUACGCACACGGUAGUAAGUUACGCAGAGGUUCGAGCAGAAAGGCGGCGUGAACUUGGUAUUGAAGAGUCUCUACCAGAAAUAGCAGCAGAUAAAAGUCAAGACUCUGGUUCUGAGAAUCAUAUAAGCACAGAAAGCCUCAAAGAAGCUUUGGAGAGAUUUGAUCACAGCCCUACACCUUCUUCUGCCUCCAGGAGUUCAAGGAAAUCUUCUCACACUGCAGUUUCAGACCCUUCUUCAACACCGACGAAGAUGACAAUGGAUACUAGCACUCCUCCAAGGCAAAAUUUAUGCACUCUUGAAAAGUCCGCACAACGGAGGGCAUCGCUUGGUAAUCAGUCUUUAAAUUCACAAUCUAUUGGACAACCUUUAGCACAGCCAAUGAUGUCCCAGCCUGCAUCUUUACAGAUUCAGCAAGGCAUGUCUCAGCCUAUGCUUCAGUUUUCUGCUCAGUUAGGAGCCAUGCAGCACUUAAAGGACCAAUUGGAGCAAAGAACACGAAUGAUAGAAGCAAACAUUCAUCGGCAACAAGAAGAACUGCGUAAGAUUCAGGAACAACUCCAAAUGGUCCAUGGGCAAGGACUUCAGAUGUUCUUGCAGCAGUCAACUCCUGGAUUAAACUU